AGAAGAAAAGAAAACAAUGAUCAUCACAGACAGAACACAGUCACACACCAACUGUUGGACCCACCUCCUGUCAACGUUCACAACGCCAACCCUUCGCUAAUGUUGAUUGACAAUAGAACCACCCAGAACCCGCGACCGUCGUUGUUACUUUUUUCCUCACAAUUGUAAUAACUCAUCACUGCAAAAUGAAGAAAAAGGUUCUUUUGAUGGGUAAAAGCGGAUCUGGAAAGACAAGUAUGAGGUCUAUUAUAUUUGCUAACUAUAUAGCUCGAGACACUCGAAGACUUGGUGCUACAAUUGAUGUUGAACAUUCCCAUGUUCGAUUUCUUGGCAACCUUGUUCUCAACUUGUGGGACUGUGGAGGACAAGAAGCCUUCAUGGAGAACUACUUUGCUAGCCAGAGAGACAACAUAUUCCGUAAUGUAGAAGUAUUGAUCUAUGUUUUCGAUGUUGAAAGCAGAGAACUUGAUAAAGAUAUGCAUUACUAUCAGAGUUGCCUUGAAGCCAUUUUACAAUAUUCCCCAGAGGCCAGAGUCUUCUGCUUAGUUCACAAAAUGGAUCUUGUGCAAGAAGAUCAGAGGGAUAUGAUUUUCCUUGAACGUGAGUCAGAUCUCAAAAGACUUUCAAAACCUCUGGAAUGUACCUGCUUCCGCACCUCUAUUUGGGAUGAAACUUUAUACAGAGCGUGGUCAUCAAUUGUCUACAUGUUGAUUCCUAAUGUGAAGGAGCUGGAACAAAGUUUAAAUCAGUUUGCCGGAAUCAUUGAUGCUGAUGAAGUUUUACUCUUUGAAAAAGCGACGUUUUUGGUUAUAUCCCACUGUCAACGUAGACAUCACAGAGAUAUGCAUCGGUUUGAGAAGGUUUCAAAUAUAAUUAAACAAUUUAAACUCAGCUGCAGCAAACUUGCUGCUCAGUUUCAAAGCAUGGAAGUACGGAACUCAAAUUUUGCAGCUUUUAUAGACAUGUUUACUAGUAACACAUACGUCAUGGUGAUUAUGUCAGAUCCUGCCAUAC